AUGAACAAAAUUAUAUCAAUUCUUUGUCUGAUACUUUUCGUUUCUGCUUCAUUAGCUAAGCAGAAAUCAGCCACAGAACAAGCAGUUGACGCUGCCGCUGAGUUGAAAGAUAAAGUUGUCGAAACAGUAAAAGAAGCAUACGAUGCCGCUGCACCAAAAGUUGUCGAAGGUGCCGAAGCACUCAAAGAUAAGACUAUCGAUGGUGCCGCAUUUGUCAAACAAAAAGUUGGUGAAGCAUAUGAAAACAUCGCUCCGAAAGUCGUAGACGGUGCCGAAUACGUUAAGGACAAAGCUGUCGACAGUGCUACUUUCGUAAAAGAUAAAGCUACCGAAGCAUUCGACAAUCUUGCACCAAAAGUUGUCGAAGGUGCCGAAGCACUCAAAGACAAGACUGUUGAUGGUGCCGCAUUUGUCAAACGAAAAGUUGGUGAAGCAUACGAAAAUAUCGCUCCUCAAGUCGUAGACGGUGCUGCGUUCGUCAAAGAAAAAGCUGGUGAAGCCUAUGAUAAUCUUGCACCAAAAGUAGCAGAAGGUGCCGAAUUUGUCAAAGAUAAGGCUGCUGAAGCGUUGGAUGCAAUUAAACCAGCUGUUGACGGAGCUUUUGAUACAAUUAAACCUAAAGUUGAACAAGCUUAUGAAACUGGAAGCAAACUCGCCGGUGAAUAUGCUGAAGUUGCCAAAGACAAAUUAGCUAAAGUUGCUGAAGAUGUUAAAGCUUCAGCUCAAAACUUCGCUGACGAUGCAGUUAAAGCUGCUGAACAAUACGCAAAAGAUAGUGCUAAACGAGGCGAAAAACUACGAGAUGACGCUAUCGAACUUGGCAAAGAAAAAGCUAAUGAAGCACUCAAAGCUGCUCAACAAGCUGGUGCUGAUGCAUAUGAAGCUUCACUUGAAACAGCAGCUGGUUUACCAAAGAAAGGCCGAAAAUUAGCUGAACAAGCCGUCGAAUUAAGUCGAGAUAAAGCCAAUGAAGCUUUGAAAGCUGGUCGUCAUGCAGGUGCCGAUGCUCUUGAAGCUGCUCAAAACUAUGUGAAAGAAUCACGAAAGCAAGCCGCAAAAAAAGCGAAAGAAACAGCUGAAGAAGCUAGUGAAGUAGCACAGAAAAAGAAACGACAAGCUACUGAAUUAUAA